AUGUAACCUCGGCAAUGGGAGAGAGGCCAGUCGACGCCAAGAAAGCCGACGGGUGUGUAGUCUCCGUCAGUCGUUAUCGAGUCCGCGACGGCAACACGUGCUGCCGUUGUUGCCGUUCAGCUGCGCUCAUUGGCCUCUAACCGCAACAGCUGUCGUCGUCCCUAAGUACGUAGAAUUCUGCUGGUUUUUUGGCAACUCGUCGUCCUCAGACUGCUCGGCCAAGUUUACCCACGCCUCUUCCCUCUCCCGCUGCGCGCACACAGCAGAUCCAUGAAAGUCUGAGCGAUAGUGGACAACUGACAAAUUAAAAAACCCUUCGUCAUGGAAAAAGUGAACGGAGUGAGCAACAAUCUCUCGACAGAUAAUCUCAAGAAAAACCCGGAAGACAUCAGGAUUGGUGGAGUCGAAGGAGGAUCCACACAUUCGACGCUAUUCGUGGUGGAUGGACGAGGCAACAAAUUAUCGGAAGUUCGAGGGCCACACACGAAUCACUGGGUCCUAGGAAUCGAAGGCACCGCGGAAAGGAUUAACGAUAUGAUUGUCAGGUCCAAACAGGAGCUUGAAAUACCCUUGUCUGUACCUUAUGACAUUGUGGGCCUGAACUUGAGUGGCUGCGAGGAGGAGAAGAGCAACAGACUGUUAGCUGACACGCUGCACCGGCUCUACCCAACAUCUGCGCGCCAAUACGAGGUCGGCUCGGACACACUUGGCAGCCUGAAAACAGCAGUGCGCAACGGUGGCGUCGUGCUGAUAUCCGGUACAGGAAGCAACUGCCUGCUCAUCGACAACGACGGCAAAUCUUACGGCUGCGGUGGUUGGGGACACAUGCUUGGCGACGAGGGCAGCGCAUACUGGCUGGCGCACAGGGCGUGCAAGUACGUGUUCGACGACUUGGAUGGUUUGCAGAAGGCACCCAAGCCCAUAAGCUACGUAUGGCCGGCAAUGCAACAGUACUUCGAAGUCAAAGACCAACAGAGCAUGCUACCGCAUCUGCACGCCGACUUCAAUAAGUGUAAAUUCGCCUCGUUCACUAAGGAGUUGGCCAUCGGCUGUGACAGAAACGAUCCUCUUUGCCUUGAACUCUUUUAUCAGGCUGGCGUGCAGCUUGCUAAAUUUGUGUCUGCGGUUUCCGGAAAAGCACACAUGGAAAUGAAACUAGAAAAAGGCGGACUGAAAGUGAUAUGCGUGGGCUCGGUGUGGAAGUCCUGGUGCUAUUUAAAACCCGGUUUCAUCACGGAGAUCCACGACCACUGCUCCGUCGACGAGCUAACGUUGGUGCGCCUCACCACAUCAGCGGCACUCGGUUCAUGUUACAUCGCCGCCGACAAGAUCGACUGCAUGACCAUGAACAAGACCUACCAGAACAACGUCGAGGAGUUCUUCCACUACAAGCGCGAAAAUUUGCCCCCGGCUACUCCCAACAAUUGCCUCGCCUACAAACUCGCCGCUGGCUAUAAAAACGGUGUCGACCAGAGCAUUGAAAUCAGAUAAUCCACGCGUAAACGAUUUCCGCAAUGUUUUCUAUUGGUUUGUUUUUGUCGUAUUUAUAACAAAAAUAAAAAUCCUGAGUUUUGAUUAUUAGACGGCCGAACUGCCCGACUAUGACGCUUUCUGAAUUGAAUUUUCAUUUUGAUGACAUCGAGUUUUGAGCGCUGCAUCCUCGAAAAGUGACGGCAUCAAUUCUCUUGACUGGAUACUGCUUUUUUGUCGCUUCUCAAUGAUUUUUACCUUAUUUAAAUUCAUUUAGAAAGCUCGUGUGCUGUAUCGGCUAGAACAUAUUAAGAAAUUCCUAGUUGUAUAAUAUGCCUCGGAGAAAGCUUCAGAUCAAUGCGUAAAGUCUGAUUCGUACAAAACUGUUAUGACAAGAUGAAAGAUGAAAAGUAGAAGUCAAUAUUUUUAUAUAAAUAUAUAAAUAUAUGUAUAUACAUAUACACAUUUUUUAGCAAGAAUUUUUGAAACAAAAUUCUUAAAAUAAUUGAUUUGUCAAUUUUUUGUUGUGUUGACUAUCUUUUUAUUGUAUUUUAAAGUUGAGCGUUCUUAUUAAAAUUGUAC